AUGAUCCUGCGAGAGUGGAGCCUGAAGACGCCGUCGCUCGAAGCGAGCGUGGUCAGCCUGUCGAGCAGAGCACAAGCGACUUGUCAGGACUUCAGCCAGAAUCUCAUCCAUCUGCAUGGCGCUCACUACGACUCGACGUGGAGUGCUCAGAUGAACGUCUAUCGCUUCGUGCAGCCCGGCCAAGCCAACUCGAACGCCAAAGUGAUGCAUGCCGUCUCGCUCUCGACCACGGGAGACUUGCUCGUGAGCGUUCAUGAUCCGACAAGGCUGGCUGUCGAUCCAACACGAGCGACGACGAGCAUGGUCGUGGAAGCGAGCGCGUUCAAAGAGCUCGUGGGCGGACCUUUGGGUGCAAGGCAGGCUCAGGCACACCCGACGGGCACCCUCACAGGCUGGCAACAUCGCCCUCGGCAGCUCAGUCUGACGGGGCAUGUGCUGCUCGUCAAUGACAUGCGAGUGCUCGUUGGCUAUGCCACCAGCGGUGACAUUGCGCCCUUGAGCUACUUCAUCCUCGCUGAACACCUUGCGAUCGAUCUACCUGCUGAUUCGCGUGUGCUGCUCGACGGUCUGCAAGCAAUCUUGCCAUCGCAAGUACACUUGCUCCCACCGCCCGGUCUGCCUGGCCAGGAUGGCGAGCCCAAGGUGCCGUCAAGUGCAGCGACAAAGGUAGCACAGGCAUUGCUAGCGUUGUACCGCGCAAAGCAAGCCAUCUGA